AUGCGGUGCCACUGCCGGUUCGCUUCGUCCCAGUUACGGAACAGUUACCGUUUGUCUCGGAUUUUGUCAUUGCGAGCUGGAAUUAUUCUCCAGGAUGAGGCCGCGAGGCUUUCGUGCGGUUGCUCUCAUCCUCUGUCUGCACCUGCUCAUCUCGAGCGCAUGAUGUUUGUUUGUGCUGUUCUAUCAGCAGAUGCUGAUGCUGAAUGUCUCGGCUGUGGCUAUACACCGGAUGCUCCAGCUCGUGGCAGUGUCCCUCGAUGCUCAGACGUUGUCUGUCUUGUCCAAGGACUUCUUGACAGGAAGAGCUUGAUUUACAUUGAGCAAGACAUCGACGUAUCAGGCAGCGGUCCUCUUCCGGAUGUUACAUGCGGGGUCACGAUCAUGGGGACGUGCGGUGAUGGCUCGCCAUGCAAAAUUGAUGCAAAGGGCAGCUCUCAGAUUUUUGUGGUUGGACUCGACGGCUAUCUGACGCUAAAGGAUUUAGAGAUCAGUGGAGGUGCCUGUGCAAGAGGCGCUGCUGUGACAGUCUCGGGUUCUGGAUCAAAUGACUUGGCAAGGGGAGGCAAAUUUGUGGCUCUCAAUGUGAAGUUUACGAACAACGUCGCUUCUGAGCUAGGAGCAGCUCUGCACGUUGAAUCUGGCGGUGCUGUUUAUAUUCGGGACUGUGUCUUCCGCUCAAACAAGGCUGCGAAGGGAGGAGCAGUAUUUGUGGGAUCCAGCAAGGACUUCCCGUCAAACCACACAGAAACGGAAGCAGUUCGAAAUGUGUGUGCACUGAACAGCUGCACAACGUUUUUAAAUACUGAGUUCUCUCGGAAUUCCGCCGAUUAUGGUGCCGCCGUAUACGUUGAUGAUGCUGCUGAAGAGUGCAAGGACAAUGGAGGUGCUAAAUUCGACUGCACAACCUGCGUAUUUCGCGAUAACUCGGCUCAGCAAGACGGAGGUGCUCUGUUUAUCAACUUUCAAUCCGCGGGUGCCAUUUCAUUCCUCCGUAGGAGUCGUUUUGCGAGAAACACUGCAGGGAGUUACGGUGGUGACAUUGCUACGCAAGAAGGAGUAUAUGGAACUCGUGGUGCUCAACUUUAUGCAUAUCAAGUUGUAUUUACUGGAAGCAAGGCAUCGAAAGGCAGCGCUGUUGCAGUCAAACCAUUCUCCAUUUCUACGUUUGCAAGAUGCGAAUUUUCCCAGGGGUCUUUACUCGAAUGCGACGGCGUAUGUGACACUUUCUGCCCAACUUUGUCACCUCUGUCAAAUGGCUCUAUACCAUAUGGAAGAACUGGAGAGUCGUGUCCUGUUGCUCCGAUGCCUUUGUGUGGCUGGGUUCCUGACGAGUGCCUAGAAAGUCCGUCUCCAUCCGCGACACCAUUGCCAACACCUUCACCAUCACCAUCGUUACCAUCUCCGCCUUUGCCAUCGCCAUCACCAAGUCCAUUGAGUACGCCGCCAGCAGAAGCACCAGGAGAGGCAGCCGGAGAACCGAGAUUUAGAGCGAAGCGUCCUUUCUCGCCACCUCCUUCGCCACCUCCUUCCCCACCUCCUUCAUCACCUCCUUCAUUACCUCCUUCGCCACAGCCUUCGCCACCUCCUUCGGCCUCAGCUGCUGCUCCGGCGUACAGGCAUAGAGUGCGUGGCAGACACGCGCACCACCGGAAUGGUAGUAUCACAGGGGAUCCUCACUUUGUUGGCAAGCAUGGCGAGCGUUUUGAUUUCCACGGCAGAAGCAAUCGCGACUACUGCAUACUUUCCGACAAGGACUUCCAUAUCAACAUGCACGUCUUUAAAGGCAUACACAGGCACUCCACUUUCAUAUCCAAGAUUGGGAUGCUGUUCAAAUUGGACAAGGUUUUGAUAGACGCCCAGGCCGAUAAGACUGCUUCCCGAUUUGAGGACCAGUGGAAGGUUCUUGUGAAUAAUGUGGAGUUGCUUGAAGGGCAUGUGGUGGGAACUCCAAGUGGAUUGAAGAUCGUCCAUUUUGUCGGGUCGGUUCAAAUUGUCAUUCUAGACGAGCUAGAUAUGAAUGUGACAGUGAUGCCUCCGGGUUUCGGGAGGUUUGGAUCGGGAGCAAACUACCUGGAUUUCCAAAUAAAUCAGCUGAAAGUGUCUCCCAACGUCCAUGGCGUUUUAGGACAAACGUACCAAGAAUCCCUGCAAACAUACAAGAAGAUCCACGAGGUUAGAGACAGGAGGCUCAAGAGAUCUAGAGCAGCGGCACUGUUCGUGGAUGGCUCCGAGAGUGAUUACUUGUCGAGCAGCAUCAUGGCGGCCGAUUGCAAAUACUCAGCCUACAUGGAUCAAAGCCAGAUCUCUCAGAGAGUCCAGAGAAUGGUUUUAGAGGGUGUCCAAGUUUUGCUGGGAAAGAGGGAGGAGACUGUGAGGCAAUGUACUGGUUUUGGGCAUUUUUUGUGCCUUUUGGAGAUGGAAGAGGAAGGAGAAUGAGAGGAUUGUAUACUUUUUCCUUGUAUAGUAGAUUGGGACAUCAAAUCUUGGCUGUCAACUUUUCAAAUGUAUGAGAUGGUAUUGUGCAAAAUUCAAUGAAAGAUCAUCCUCUGCUCUUGUUU